GUAUUAUAUUCAAUGAACCCUGGCGUUACACACACGUUUGUUGAAUAGAACAAGCCCGCUUUGUAUUUGUGCCUGUGUCAUAUUUAUCGAACUGCUAGUGCCAGAAAAACAACAAAAAUGGCUGACAAUGAUGAGAAUGAGCAAGAGCUUUUAGAUUACGAGGAUGAGGAAGCACAAGAGACUGCCGAUGCUGGCGGAGAUGCAGUGAAACAACAGAAGGAAACCAAAGCCAAGGGUUAUGUGUCCAUCCACAGUUCAGGAUUUAGGGAUUUCUUGCUCAAACCUGAGCUCCUCAGAGCCAUUGUUGAUUGUGGUUUUGAACAUCCGUCAGAAGUUCAGCACGAAUGCAUUCCCCAAGCAAUUCUGGGUAUGGAUGUCUUGUGCCAAGCUAAAAGUGGUAUGGGUAAAACAGCAGUGUUUGUACUGGCUACCCUUCAGCAGUUAGAUCCAGUUGAUGGCCAGGUUUCUGUACUUGUCAUGUGCCACACUCGUGAGCUCGCUUUCCAGAUCGCCAAGGAAUAUGAAAGGUUCAGCAAGUACAUGCCAACCGUCAAGGUCGGUGUGUUCUUUGGAGGCCUGAGCAUCAAGAAGGAUGAGCAGACCAUCAAGACCAACUGCCCUCAUAUCGUAGUAGGGACCCCCGGAAGGACGCUGGCCCUAGGUCGUCAGAAGAUCCUCAACCUCAAGCAUGUGAAGCACUUCAUCCUGGACGAAUGUGACAAGAUGCUGGAACAGCUAGACAUGAGACGAGAUGUCCAGGAGAUCUUCCGCAUGACACCCCAUGAGAAGCAAGUCAUGAUGUUCAGUGCUACCCUAAGCAAGGAAGUGCGACCUGUCUGCAAGAAAUUUAUGCAAGAUCCGAUGGAGGUGUACGUUGAUGAUGAGACUAAGCUGACACUCCAUGGUCUUCAACAGUACUAUGUGAAGCUCAAGGACAACGAGAAGAACAGGAAAUUAUUUGAUUUAUUGGAUGUCUUGGAGUUCAACCAGGUUGUCAUCUUUGUAAAGAGUGUACAACGAUGCAUAGCCCUCUGUCAGCUUUUGGUAGAGCAGAACUUCCCUGCCAUCGGUAUCCAUAGAGCCAUGCAACAAGAUGAAAGAUUGGCGAGGUAUCAAGCUUUCAAGACCUUCCAGAAGCGUAUCCUCGUUGCAACUAAUCUCUUUGGGCGUGGCAUGGAUAUCGAGAGAGUCAACAUUGUCUUCAACUAUGAUAUGCCAGAGGACUCGGACACUUACCUCCAUAGAGUUGCUCGAGCUGGCCGUUUCGGCACCAAGGGUUUGGCUGUCACGUUUGUCUCUGACGAGGAAGAUGCCAAGACCCUAAACGAUGUGCAAGAUCGAUUUGAAGUCAACAUCGGCGAACUGCCAGAAGAGAUCGACAUUGCCUCAUACAUCGAACAAGCUUGAGCCGGACACUGGCACACA